CUGUUAUCACACACACACACACACACACACACACACACAGAGCACAGAGCACAGAGCUCAUGGCCGUCGCUGGCUGAGGCACACGCAGACGCAACACAGUCGAAGGCACACAAUCCUCACCUGACAUGGGAAUCUAGCCACCGGCACAGACUGUGUAGCAGCCAGGGAGUUGUGUCCGUGCGGAAUCGUGCGAGCGGCAGAAUGAAGACUGCGGAACCCAUUUCUGUCACAGAGCUCACCCUUCUGCUGGUCGUGGUCGCCUCGAGCUACGGGUUACAGAGAGCCCCUCGUAUCAUCACCUCAUUGGAGACAGUGGAUGUACUGCUGGAUCACAACGCCACCUUCAUCUGUGAAGUGGAGUCACGUCCACCUGCUGACAUCACCUGGACCAAGAACAACCAACCCAUCAUGUACUAUGACCCCCGGUACGGCACCAGGGAGCAGGGACAGAUGCUGGUCAUUCCUCAUGUGAGAGAAUCAGACAACGGCGAGUACUGCUGCGUUGCCAACAACGGCAUCGGAGAGCCGGCCAAGAGCUGUGGAGCGCUGCAGCUCAAGAUGAAGCCGCAGAUCAAACGCCACCCCACCAAUCUGACCCUUCUGGUGGAAUCCAAAGCGGUGUUGCCCUGUGUGACACUCGGCAACCCCAAACCGGAUGUCACCUGGCUCAAAGACGACGAGCUCAUCAAGAUCACUGACCGUGUCACCGUCCUCGACUACGGUGCGUUGAAGAUUCACAACAUACAGAAGGAGGACGCGGGCCAGUACCGCUGCGUGGCCCGGAACAGCUUCGGCCUGGCCUUUUCGAAGCCCGUCACUAUAGAAGUGCAGGCUCCGGCACGAAUCCUGCGGGUUCCGAAAGAGAAGAGAGUAGCGUACGGCAGCCAGAUUUCCCUCGACUGUAACGCCACGGGGAACCCGAUACCCACCAUCACCUGGCUGGAAAAUGGGAAUACUAUUUCGGGCGCGUCGGUCGAAGAGACCCUGGCGGGAGAGGUGAUUCUGUCCGUUCUCAAGGUGACGGUGAACAAGCCGGCUCUGUACACCUGUCUGGCCUCGAACCGACACAGCGCCGGGGCCAACACCGCCAAGGCAACCGCCAGAGUCACGGUGGAAGAGUGGAGACUGUACAAGGGUGUUGCGGGCUACUGCAGCACCUACCGCGGAGACGCGUGCCGCGCCGUCCUGCGCGGCGACUCGCUGGUCUUCUUCAACUCCUCCCUGUCGGACCCCGAGGACAUGCAGGAGUACCUGGUCCAGAGCUGGUCGGCGGAGCUGGGGGGCCUCGGCGCGCCGUGCGGCCCCGCGCUGCGCCCGCUGCUCUGCCACGCCUCCUUCCCCGACUGCAACCCGUCGGGGCUGGGACCCGCUCCCAAACCUGUCUGCAGGGAAUACUGCCUGGCAGUGAAGGAGCUGUACUGCCAUAAGGAGUGGUCGGCGCUCGAGAGGAGCGCUUCAUUCCACCCCGGGCUCUUCAGCUCUGUCAUCGGGUACCACGCUCCCAGUUCACUGCUGCCCAAAUGUCAGGCCUUACCGAGUCUUCGCACGGACCCGGACGCUUGCACACACGUCCCCUUCGUAGACUUAAAGAUAGAUCACAUCACAACAACUUGUUACAACGACAGAGGCCGAUUCUACCAAGGCGGCACCAACGUGACGAGGUCCGGGGUACCGUGUCAACCGUGGAGCCAACAGGUUCCCCACCAGCACCGCCUGUCUGUGGACGUCAUCCCCGAGUUGAGGAACGCGGACAACCACUGUCGGAACCCGGGAGGAAUCAGCGACAAGCCCUGGUGUUACACGGCCAAUCCCAACGUACGCUGGGAGUACUGCGCCGUGCUGCAUUGUGGGGAGGCGCGCACAGUGCCAGCGAUGAAGCCAGAGCCCGCGGGGCCCCGUCAGACCUCCCGUCCCCCUCCCACGGCGUCCGUGUCGUCUCCGGCCUACUCCAUGUCCGUCAUCGUCAUCGCCCUGACCGCGAUCGCAGCGGCCGUCUUCCUCGUCAUCGGCAUCCUCGCCUGCCGCAGACAGAGGAAGCAGUGGAGGAGCCGAAAGAGGGCGAUGGAGACCCCGACGAUGAGCGCUCUCCCGUCUGAGCUCCUGCUGGACCGACUUCACCCCAACCCCAUGUACCAGAGGGUUCCCCUGCUGCUGAACUCGAAGCUGCUGGCCCUCGAGUACCCGCGGAACAAUAUCCAAUACGUUCGCGACAUCGGAGAGGGGGCCUUCGGUCGGGUUUUCCAAGCCAGGGCACCAGGCCUGCUGCCCGUGGAGCCGUUCACGAUGGUGGCCGUGAAGAUGCUGAAGGAGGAGGCGUCGGCCGACAUGCAGAACGACUUCCAGAGGGAGGCGGCGCUCAUGGCGCAGUUUGACCAUCCCAACAUCGUGCGGCUCCUAGGUGUGUGCGCAGUGGGCAAACCCAUGUGCCUGAUGUUCGAGUACAUGGCCCACGGCGACCUCAACGAGUUCCUGCGCCGCCGCUCCCAAGCCCAGUCGGUGCACACGCUGAGCUGCGGCAGCCUGUCGGCGCCCAGCUCCGCGUCCUCCGAGGCGGACGGCGCGGCGCCCCUCUCCCGCGCCGAGCUGCUCUCCGUUUCCAAGCAGAUCGCGGCGGGCAUGGCCUACCUGUCGGAGCGCAAGUUCGUCCACCGCGACCUCGCCACGCGCAACUGCCUGGUGAGGGAGGAGUUGGCGGUGAAGAUCGCCGACUUCGGCCUCUCCCGGAACAUCUACUCGGCCGACUACUACAAGGCCAACGAGAACGACGCCAUCCCCAUUCGCUGGAUGCCGCCGGAGUCCAUCUUCUACAACCGCUACACCAGCGAGUCGGACGUGUGGGCCUACGGCGUGGUGCUGUGGGAGAUCUUCUCCCACGGCAUGCAGCCGUACUACGGCAUGGGCCACGAGGAGGUCAUCUACUACGUGCGGGACGGCCACAUCCUCUCCUGUCCCGAGAACUGUCCCCUGGAGCUGUACAACCUGAUGAGGCUCUGCUGGAGCACGCACCCGUCGGACAGGCCCAGCUUCAGCAGCAUACAUCGGAUACUGGAGCGGAUGCAUCAGAGCGCGCUGCGCGCGGACGCCGCGCCCGAGGCCGACUGCUAACCUGGGAGACAUCUUUUACAAAAGCACGUCUUGUCCCCCUGGGCGCGAAAAACACUUUGUCAUUUAGUGCCUGAAAUUACACUUUAUUAAAUACACUUGAGCUGAGCAAACACUGAAUAUUCUGGCUGCCAAGUGACGUCAAGUCUUUUUUCCUUUGCCCAUUUCUUUUCCCAUCGGGAGACACAAAGUGGUAAACUCAUGGAACCUUUCAGUAAUUCUUUUAUUUCAGGACCAUGAUUCCUGACCAUUUACCAACACAUACCGAUCAGAAGAAUCCGCCUGACCCCAGAGCGUUAACCUUUGCAGACCUGAAGCCACUACGCAUGCAGAUACACCCCUUAAAGCCCCAGUGUGUAAUUUUCUGGCGGCAUCUGGUGGAAAAGUUGCAAACCGCCACCAACUGAGCAACCGACAGGGGACACUUUAUGGAGGCGCACCGAUGAUUCCAUUUCUGGUUUCCGGCAGCGACUGAAAAUUCAGCCGUAUUCAACGCGACGUGGCAAACAUGGCGACUCACACGGAGGUGGGGUCCACCUCAUGUUACUAUAUUUAACUCGUUCAAAGUCGACGAAAACAACUCUGUUCUUUGUUGCAGGUGAUUAUACGUAUAUGAACACAUAGUUAUGGCCAAUAUAUACACUUUCUGUGAAUAAGUCCUUCUAAAUAUUGUAGCUUUAACCUUUUUUUUUUUUUUAACCAAUGCUUCAUCCAUAGCAUGUGCAAUUUUUUUUCUUUAUUUCUCUUCUUCUUACAGAAGAAGUACAAUUAAAUGUUUGCCUGUUAUAGUCGCCUCAAAUUCCUCUAGCGGCACACAAUCACUUUAAACCACUGCUGUUGAUUGUUUUACAGAAAAGUUGCUAUUCCAGUUUUGGGCAUUCUUGAUAUAUUUUAUACAUGUGUGUGUGUAUAUUGAUAUAUAUAUAUAUAUAUAUAUAUAUAUA